CUCUGGCGGCUGAGGAGAGCCGGGGCGCGCGGGCGGUUGGUCGAGCUCCUGCGUCGCGCAGAUCUGCUUGAGGCUCACGGGCAGCAUGGCCGGGACCCCGGCGCCCGGCAGCAGGAGGUGGGGCGCGCCCCCGGCACUCCACCAUGGCCCGCCGCCCGGUACCAGCCACCCUCCGAGCAAGCGGGCCCGGGGCUUCCCCGAGACCACCUCCCUGGACCCCGAAGACCCAUUCGAUGCACAAGGGGAAUUCACUGCAGACGACCUGGAGGAGCUCGACAUCCUGGCGUCCCAAGCCCUGAGCCAGUGCCCGGACGUGGCAAAGGACCUGUCCACUGUUCAUAAGGUCCGCAGAUUAGAUGGGAUGUCAAAUAGUUCCACAGGGAAGAACAAAGAAAAUGCUUCAGUUAAAGAAAACUUCGAACUAGAUGUACUUCAGAUGCAGUACAAAGAACUUAAGGAAAAGUUGAAAACGAUGGAAGAAGAAAUCCUCAUUAAGAAUGGAGAAAUUAAAAUCUUGCGGGACUCAUUGCAUCAGUCAGAAUUCAUUCUGGAAGAACAAAAAAGAUCAUACUUCCUUCUUGAACAAGAGAAAACUCAAGUACUCAGUGAUAAAGAAAAGGAGUUCUCCAGAAAGCUUCAAUCAUUGCAGUCAGAACUCCAGUUUAAAGAUGCAGAAAUGAAUGAAUUAAGGACCAAGCUUCAGAGCAGUGAAUGGGUGAAUAAACUGGCUGCUCCCUCCGUUUCCCAUGUCAGUCCUAGGAAAAACUUUUCUGUGGUUACAAGACCAGAAGCAUGUUCUUCACAAUUUGGAAAAACAUCUUUUCCUACAAAGGAGUCUUUUAGUGCUAACAUGUCCUUUCCCCACUCCUGCCAGACCGAACCAGGAUGCAAGUCUCCAGUGGGCAGAGAGGCUUCAGAUAAUAAGACCCACAGCCAGAGAAGUAGCCCUGUAAAGCAAGAAGAGGUGCAGAAAAGUCUAAUGGACAGCUGGCGGCAGAAAUCAAACAUCAAAGGUUCCAUUUUGAUAAACCUAUUACUGAAGCAGCCUUUGAUCUCAGGGUCAGGUGUAGGUCUUUGCCACCUCCUGAGCAGUUGUUCUGAGUCUCCUACUGGCAACGUCUUGCAGCCACCAGGGCUUGGCAGUAUUUUGGCUGUGACUUCAGGCUUCAGAAACACAGGUUCCCAAAGUGAGUCAUUUUCUUCCUUGUCCCUGAGAGAAGCACAGAACCUGGCCUUCACUGGACUGAAUCUCAUUGCCAGGAAUGAAGGCUCAUGGGAUGGAGAACCAGCAGAGGGAACCAGAAGGGCCUUCCCACUCUGCCAGCUUCCUGGAGCCACGCACCUCCUUCCCCUCAUUCAGUUCUUUGUGGGCCUACACUGCCAGGCUUUGCAGGAGCUGGCAGCAGCUAAAAGGAGUGGCGUUUCCGGGGACUUGCCAAUGAGUAACUCCUGCGCAGACUCCGGGGUGGAGGCCAACCCCGAGGAUUUGAUUUGCAACCUGGAAGGCUUCUCUGUUGCUUCUCUUAGCAUUCUGCAGCACCUGGUGUGUCACAGCGGAGCAGUAGUCUGCCUGUUACUGUCUGAAGUGGGGACAGACACUUGUGCUGAGGAAGGAAACUGGAGCCUGGCUCACAGACAGACUGGUGGAAAUCCGGUCUCAGCACUCACGGGGGUUGCCGAAGACCAAGGCCAGCAUCCACUAUUGAAGAUGCUUCUUUACCUGUUGGCUUCCGCUUCUGCAGCAGCAGGUCACCUGCAAGCCACUGUCCUAAGUCAGUGUCUCAAGGUUUUGGUGAAAUUAGCUGAAAAUGCCUCCUCCGAUUUUUUGCCCAGGUUCCAGUGUGUGUUACCAGUGCUGCCACGGUGCCUCAGCCCAGAGACACCCCUGCCUUGUGUGCUGCUGACUGUGGAGCUGCUCUCUCUCCUGGUGGACCACGAGAGCCUGGCACCGCAGCUCUGCUCCCACCCUGAGGGCUGCCUCCUCCUGCUGCUGUACAUGUACAUCACCUCAAGGCCCGACAAGGGGGCCUCGGAGACACAGUGGCUUCAGCUGGAACAGGAGGCUGUGUGGCUGCUGGCCAAGCUGGGUGUGCAGAGCUUUCCCUCCCCAGUCACCGGCUCCGACUGCCAGUGCAACGUGGAGGUGGUCCGAGCUUUCACAGUGACACUGCACCGGCAGUGGCUGGCCGUGCGGAGGGCAGGGGGUGCCCCGAAGACGGAGCAGCAGAAGCACACCGUGCGCUGUCUGCGGGACACCGUGCUCCUGCUGCAUAGCCUGUCUCAGAAGGACAAGCUCUUCACUGUGCACUGUGUGGAGGCACUGCAUCAGUACGACCAAGUGAUGCCAGGUGUUGGUGCCCUGAUCCGAGGGCUCCCUGACGUGACCGACUGCGAAGGUUUGUACCCCAGCAUGGCCUCACCAGCCCUGCCCCCUGGACCCAUGCAGACCCUCAUCUUCUUGGACCUGGAAGCCACUGGUCUGCCCUUCUCUCAGCCCAAGGUCACGGAGCUGUGCCUACUGGCUAUCCACAGAUGUGCACUGGAGAGCAGCUCCCCCUGCCAGGGGCGGCCACCUGCAGUGCCCCCACCGCCCCGUGUGGUGGACAAGCUCUCCUUGUGCGUGGCUCCAGGCAAGGCCUGUAGCCCUGCAGCCAGCAAGAUCACAGGUCUGAGCACAGCUGAGCUGGCAGCGCACGGACGGCAGCAUUUUGACAAGAACCUGGUCACCCUGCUCCUAGCCUUCCUCCAGCGUCAGCCACAGCCCUGGUGCCUUGUGGCACACAAUGGUGACCGCUAUGACUUCCCCUUGCUGCAGGCAGAGCUGGCCAUGCUGGGGCUUGCAGGUGCUCUGGAUGGUGCCUUCUGUGUGGACAGCAUCACUGCCCUGAAGGCCCUAGAACAGAGCAGCAAAACCUCAGAGCAUGGCUCAAAGAGGAGCUACAGCCUGGGCAGCAUCUACACCCGCCUAUAUGGACAGGCCCCAGUGGAUUCGCACAUGGCCGAGGGGGACGUCCUCACCCUGCUCAGCAUCUGCCAGUGGAGACCAUGGGCCCUGCUGCAGUGGGUGGAUGCUCAUGCUAGGCCCUUCAGCACCGUCAAGCCCAUGUAUGGGGUCACAACCUCCCCUAGAACCAACCCUAGACCAUCUGCCACUCCAGCCUCAGCAACCCUGGCCACGGCCAGGAAUACUAGUCCCAGCCUUGAAAGGAACAGAAAACUCAUGGCUCUUCUUCCAACAGAGGUGGCUGGGACUCCAUCUUGGGAAGGGCUACUGGCCCCUCUGGGGCUGCUGGCCUUCCUAACCUUGGUAAUAGCCACACUGUAUGGACUAUCCCUGGCUGCACCUGGGCAGUAGACCGAGAAGGAAAUUUUGACAAAGAUCCCCUUAGCACUAAGUGGUAACCACCCCAUACCCUCUUUGGUACUUGCAGCCUGAGACUAUGGGGUACAGGACAGGUAGUCUUUUUUUUCCCCCCUCACUGUCCUAACAAGAACUCUGAGCCUCAAUAAAAUCAGGCAAAACACAGAAAUGCAAAUGAUGGCUGGAGCUGGGCAAGGAGGUGCAUGCCUGUAAAUCCAGCACUCAGGAGGCCGAGGCAGGAAGAUCACCGGGAGUUUUUGUAGUCAGGGCAGCACAACUACAAACUAAGACCCAUUUCAAUAAAAAGAAAAGUGGGUAGAAACAAAAUCCUGCCCAAGGCCCAAAGCUCUGAAUAAAGGACACAGCAACUCCAAA